AUGAUUGCCGGGAUGGAAGACGCGCUGGACAAACUCAACUCUAUGUUGAUGGGCGGAACGGUGCCCACGCAUAAGAUCAUGAAGGAAUUCGAAAAGAUGUUUGGCUUCUCAGUACCUUUAGACAAAGGAGGAUUUAGACAAGUAGAGGACGCUCUACGAUCACGAACGGAUCUGUUCGAGCUGAGAGGGUUAAACUGGCAUGCAAUACCAACAAGUUCAACAGCAAGGCUGGCCAAAGAGAUCGAUCUUUCUCAACGAGGAGGUCGUGGAGGCGAACGAAGUGGUGGUGGAGGCGUUGGGGGACGAAAUGGUGGUGGGGGUGGAGGAAGAGGCAACAGAGUAGGUGGAGGCGGAUAUCGGGGUGGUAGUCGUGGUGGAGGUGCCAGUUUUCACGGAGCAUCGUUUGCUAGAGUGCCCCAAACUGCUCCAAACAUCCCCCAGACAUUUUCGAAGAAUUCUACAUACCGCGGCGGUGACGCUGACAACACAUCGAAUGACUGGAAAACAUCCCAACGAUCCUUGACAUCAUCUUUCCACGAUUACAAUUAUUCGUCGACUAAAAAUGAUCGCUAUGACAGUGAUUACCGCAAUCACGAUCGCAAUGAAUACAAUUCGAGGAACUACAAUCGAGCAAAUGACCGAGAGGACUAUUCAAGAAGUCCCGAGAAUAGGGAGAAUGACUAUCGACGACAGAGCAAUUAUACUGAUCAACACAAUAACCGAUAUCACGAUGAUCGGAGAAGUUACCGAGAUGAUGCUCGCAACUACGGAAAUCAAAGCGACAAUUAUCGGGAUUAUGAACGUCGAGACUUUGAUGAAACUCAAGACUAUGAUGGACACCGAGACUAUAAUAGACAUCGUGACUAUGAUGAUUAUCCCCAGAGCCAUGGUCAAAAUGAUUAUCAGUCUCGAGACACCACUUACUACAAUGAAGCCAGCUCAUCAAAGGAUUAUCGGGAUGAUCGUUCGCAAGACCAUUGGGAAUCCGAUGACAGACGCGAGUACUACAAUGAUUAUGCGCCACAAAAUCACCAACAACAAUCAGCCGUCCCGCCACCUGGUUUAGCGGCGGUCCGACCUCCACCAGGAUUUGAACCAAACGGACAAGAAGGGAGACAAUACGAACGAUCUCGUGCGAGCAGCGAAACGACAUCACAGACUCCAUCAAUCACUCCAUCAAUGGUCCUUAAUCUCAUAGUUGAUUUGUUCAAGGGACGUUCGAAAAGGUUGAGCUUCGCCGAAUUGGAUGCGCUCUUUGAACAGAAAAACAAUUCAAUUGCCAAAAGCAUUGCUGCUUACAAAGAAGCUCCUACUCUGGAGCUCUUCGUGAAAAAGUUCAUUCACAAAGCCGAAGACAAACUACGCAUCGAGGGAGACUUUCUAUAUUCACUCAAAAUCCAUCAUUCACCCGAACCCGAAUCUAUCAUUCACCCGAACUAUCGGCAAGAUUGGUGGAACUUCUACGUUCAGCUUCAUGAAUACCUGGGAACUGAACCAGUGCUAAUGGCAUCUUUGUUGGCGAAUUUGUCAAAUCAUGCCGAUCAACAACAAAAGUUCAAAAUUGCGCUGAUCAAGGUGUACAUGAGACCGGAUUUAUUGUCAAAGGGUCUUUGUCGGUCGUUUUACUUUACGGUCGAGAAAAAACCUGUUGUGAUUCAAGCUCUCGGAGAAGCACCAAAUGAGGAUAUCUACCGAGAAACUGUGAUGUUCAUGCCGGAGUUGUUACCCGAGGAUCGACCAGCCCUCCAAUUUCUGAGAUCGGCCGAUCGAACUCCGGUGGAUCCAGCUCCAUCAGUGAAAAGUGGUACUCCCUCGUAUUGCUCAGCUAUUACUUCUCCGACGAUUGAACAAAUGCAAGAUUAUGAGAAAGCCAUCCCACCUCUUCAACAAAACGAUGAACUGCCCCCUAUUAUCAAUGAGCGGAUACGCCAUGAACUCGUUCCGGGAAACGAUGAGGCCAAAUUCAACCAGUAUGAAGGAAAAAAGAUUCGUAUUAUGGGCCCUCUAACAAGUCUAGACGAGUUUUGGGUCAUUUUCGAAGAUGAUGAGGAUACGUACGCAACGAUGCGAGAGGAUGUUGAAGCGGCGUGGAAAAAGCCGGUGCCGUCGCUCUACAGCCUGUGGCGAGAGAAUGAUGCGGCGAUCUACCGUGCCGACGGUCGGGGCAAAUCUACAGGGUACCACAGGGCAAAUCUUCGCAAGACUCCAAAUAGGGAAGGGGUGGAAAUUGAAUUGGUUGAUGCCGGUGGCCGCAAAUUCGUCCCACUCAGAGACAUCACUCCACUACCCAGGGAUCUCAGCAUUCAACCGGCGAUUGCUUUACGGUGUGGAGUCCUACCGUUCAGCAUCACCGAUCCGGACAGAUAUCGCUCUAUUAUGAAAGAGGUGGAAGAGAUGCAAGCGCUUCCUGAUUACUCGUUGACGCUCUCAAAAAUUCAAACGUUCACGGAUGAUGGUCGUUUCAUCGUCGAUAUCUCAAUCAAUAAUAACGAAGAUUUGAGAAAGAAAUUUUUCAUGGACAAGGCCAUCCAACGGCUCAACAUGCCUCUUUGCCUCUUUGAGAAA